UUUAAGUCCUGCAAUUAUAACACUCGUAUGAUACUACACACAAACCGCUAUACAAGUCUAUUAAGGCCGCUUCAAAUGCGGUCAGAUUAUUUUCGAAUUGGGUCAAUUUUUAACCACCCUUCUCUAAACCUAGAAUCAAAUUCCGUCUAUCUGUACAACAAUUUCCCUCGUGGGCUUUAGGAAUAAAAUAGUGUAGCGCACACCUAAAAUAUACAACUUUGAUGGUGAAAUCAGAAGACGAAAAUGGCUGACAAUGGUUUCGCCCUAACCACCAAUGGAGCAAUGAUAAACAAUGUUUACUGGGAAAUCCAAUACGCUAGAUUCUUCAACUUCCCAAUUACUACACCCUCUACUACCACUCCCUCUUUUCUCCGCCCAAUUUACGCCGGCAGGAAGGACCGGUUGAAGGGCACUUGGGUUCCUUCUUCUUCUUCCAAUGUCUCUCUUCAUAUUCUUCUCUUUGAUCCCUCUUUUUCUGAACCUACUCUCGUUGUCUCCCUUGAUGAAAGUAUUUAUGAAGAACACUACAUUUCAAAGCUGAAUUUUAUGUGGCCACAGGGAUCCGAUGUUUCAGGAUGUGCUCUCAGAGGAAGCAGAGUGAUAUUUGCCAGUUACAGAGAUGGCAUGGGGCAGGUUCAAAAGUUUGCCCUUCGUUUCUCCUCUUCUGAAGAGUCACAGGAAUUCAUGGAGUCAUUAAAGAGCUUGAAGGAAGGAAGAAAUUGUUCAAGUUUACCGCUCAGUGUGCUCAAUGAGGGGGUCAAUGAAGAGCAUACGCCACUGCGUCUACCGUCAAUCAACCAGGAACACGAUCCUUACUCAUGCUCUGAGGGGGUUGAUGAAGAACAUAGGCCACUGCUGCUACCUUCAAUCAACCAGGAACACAAUCCUUACUCAUGUUCUGAGGAAGCAGCUCAGGAUCUUGCUGUUGGGGUCACUGAUGUUGCAUUGCCUCAGAGCUUUCCUGCACUUCUCGCUGAUUGUUCCACUGAGACUAAUUUAGGAAUACCUCAAGUAUCUGCAGAAGUUGAUUUGAACCGCUUCUUUAAAGAGGUAUCUUUCAGAUCUUUGACCGUGUCUAUUAUCCAGCUGCUAGAUGCUUCACCAUCUUGUACCUUACAGAAAAGGGGAGCAGACAAAGUCUUAGACAUGUUAGACAUGAUGGAUGGUGUUAUCAUUGAACUGGGAGGAAACUUGGCAAUUUGAGGACCACAUAGAUACUGUUAUCAUUGGACUUGAAGGAGACUUGGCAAAUUAAGGACCAGUUUUAUGUCUCAACCUUCUGUAAGUAGCGAAAUUAUCGGCACACUCAGGUUUCAAUAUUUCAACCAUAAUCUCAUAUACUAGCUCCCAAUUUUGAAUGUACAGCAAUCUGAAUCAUUAAAUUCCACUAUGUGCUUUAACUUUUGCUAAUAUACAUGUAUGGUUACAAUUCUAAAUUCGACAAUAGUUGUAUAUGUAUAUACAGUCAUUUGAUGUUUGCUGUCUCCUUUUAAAAUUGAAUCUACUUGGUUUAUUACUAUUAUUACGUACUUUCCUGGCCAUAUUGAAGUCAAGGGCCAGGGCCAGGGCCAGGGCCGUGGAAAGUUAAGGAACUCUAAGUUGAUCACUAAGAAUGGAAUAAUAAGUUUGAUAUCUGUGUUAGAAGAUAAGUCUAAUAAGUGAAUGCCAAUUAUUGAUUUGAUUACACAAUGCUCAUAUAGGUCCAAACACUUGUGAACUCAUAUGGCUCUAUGUGAGUAAUUAUUGUAUUAUUAGUGUAACUCAUGGCUAUAAAUACAAUGCCAUAGAAGUAAGAAUACAAUGAUAACACUACAACAAUUUCACCCAUCUUCUUUCACUCUUUUACUCCUUUUAUUAAUCAAAACUUUUCUAUCGGUAAAUUCUUUAACACGUUAUCAGCACCAGUUUUCAGUCAGGUAUAUUUAUACCUACUUCUAAAAAUUUAUAACAAAUAAUACUAUCUACUUCUAAAUGUUUCGAGGAGUAUGCUCUAUAGUUGCCCAUAUUUGGGAUCCUCUAUAACAGAAACUCAAACAUUUACUAUAUAUACCUCAAAAACAACGGUGAAAGUUCUCUUACUUGUGAAUUUACUACUAUCAUCUUUUGUUUAUUCAUGUUGAUGUUUCUUUGUUUGAUCCAUGUUGAUAUUACAUACUCAUUUUACGUAAAUUUUUAUCUUAGUUAUUAUAAUUGCUAAGUAGUAGCUUUGCAUGCAUAUUAUUAUUAACUAGAUUAACAAAAAGAUGCAGCCUUUUACACUUAUUAUUUUUCUUACUUUUACAUACUUUUUGUGUUUCUUUCCGUUUUCGAACCCAUGAUCUUUUAUAGAUAUUAGGGCUCUCGGACCACUAUGGCUUGCAUUCCCAGUGUGAUAACCUUUUACAAUUAUAAAUAUAUAUAUAUGGACCAUAAUUUUAUGCCAGUACGUUAGACUAUUAUAUGAUAUUUUUACAGUUGUACAGAACAGUAACGGAUAAACCUACCUCUAUAAAAGACGGAUUUUUCCCCCAAUUUCACCACAAAUCCCUUAUCCUUUCCCACUUUUUAUCCAAAAAUCACCUAAAAAAAAAAAAAAAAU